UGCCCGAGUAAUAAAAAGGAAAGGGAAAAGUGGGCUCUGAGAAGUAAUUCCAAAAACAAGAACGUGCUCUAUUUGUCAAUUUCAACAACCAUUUAUCUCCAGCAUUUUGUGAAAAUCAAAGAUUAAUAGUUUCAUAGUUUUUUAAUCCACAUAUAAUGAGGUUUAAAUUAACAUCAUCCGAACCCUAAAAUUUUCCCCAAAAUCCGUACUACGAUGGUGAAGAACUUGUGGGCCAACCAUGAAGAUCGUUUUUUAUUGUUGAAAUUAAAUAUUGUUGAUGAUUUUUGGAUUGUGAAUUGUGAAUGGAAUCGAAGAAGCCUACUGUGAAUGUGCAAGAAGAAAAGCAGAAGGGACAAGAAGAUCAAGAACCGAAGGUGAUAGAAUGGGAGGAUUACGAGCAAGAGCUGGCGCGACUCUGCAGUUUGACGUCCGCACUUGAAGAAGCAAAGCGCAAGAAAAAUAAUCUUGAACAGAAACUCCACUCCCUUACCCAAGUGGAAGCUGAAUCAUUAAGCCAGUCCAAUGAGCUUGACGAGAUGAAUGAAAAAUUGGAAUCUCGUAAAUUGGUGAUGGGAAACAUGUCAAUGCAUUCAAAGAUAGUAGAGGAGAAAGUAAGAAAGGAGGAGGAACGACUUAGUUCUGAAAUUAGAUCUUUAUUGGUUGCUGGAACUGCUCUUUCUGAAGCCAGGAAACGCAUGCAGGACUCACAUAGGUCACUUACUGGAGAAAAAGGCUAUGUUCAUCUAAACAAGCUGCAGAAGUUAUUGAGACUGAGGCAACAAUAUAUGUUAUCACAGGUUUCACUGCUUUAUCCUGUGAAGUUUGUAAUUGGACGUGCUCCUGAGCAGGAACUUGAAUCAUUCACUAGCAGUACAAAAUCAGGUGUUCCAUCUGGAUCAAAACCUGUUGAUCAAGGCUCGUUGACCAUCGCAGGUCUGAAUCUCACUGUGAUCCCUUCUACGAAGAUGAGUUUUUUCACUGAUAAGAAGGAGGUUCAGAGAUCUUCGACCGCCUUGGGAUAUGUAGCACAUGCUGUCUCACUCAUUGCUUCUUAUUUACAAGUUCCUUUGCGUUAUCCUUUACGGCUAGGAGGUUCUCGAUCAUACAUAUGUGAUUAUGCACCUGCAAUUGAUCAUUCAAUGUCCAGUUCAGAUUCUAAUUCAAUAAGUUCGACAAGCUUGAAGCCGGUAGAAUUCCCUCUCUUCUUAGAAGGGCAAGACUCGACAAGAGCAGCUUAUGCUGUGUUCUUGCUAAAUAAGGAUUUAGAGCAGCUCCUGAAUUUUAUUGGAGUCAAGAGCUUAGGACCACGCCAUGUUCUUGCUAAUUUGAAGGAGCUCUUGAGGACUAUCCUGUCUUCAGAAUAUAUAGAAAUGUAAGUUUGAAUUGCCAGAAUUUAUUUUUAGUUUCUGUAAAUGGAUUGGUUGUAUUCUUACAGAGGUGCCAAUAUUUUAAGCACCACCAUGGCAUAAAUCUUGGUCCAUUUUUUUGGAUAAUGCAAAUCAUGCUUGAUAAGAAUUAUCCAGUUUUGGUUUUCA